AUGUCUACAAGGGUUUCAUUAAGACAGAAGUUGGUCAGUCAUUUAGAGGAUGCUGACUCUAUUUUAAGGGAUAUAGUUGCUGUGGCUACUAAGAAGAGACCUUCUGUCACACUUCUUCCCUUGAUCGAAUUGUUAUUGGAAAAAGAUCAACAGUUAAAAGAAACUUACCGGAAAUUGAGCUGUACAACGAGAAACAGAAGAAAAUUGAUUUGCUGA